CAAUGAACAAUUUGUACAAGGUGUCGGUGUCGGUGUCGCGUGUCCCUGUUCAUCUCCUCUUCUCUUUCAACUGUUCACAGAGGAAGCUCUAUUCUAACUCCUAGGGUUUCAAUUCUCUCUCACCGGACAUACGAAUAUUCACGCGCGCGCGCGCACACACACACACACACAUAUAUAUAUAUAUAUAUAGAGAGAGAGAGAGAGAGAGAAAUGUCUCAGAACGUUAAAGUAAUGCCGAAUCUGGACCGACAGAACACGCAGCUCCUUAAUCUGACCGUUCUUCAGCGGAUCGAUCCCUAUGUCGAAGAAAUUCUCAUCACCGCCGCUCAUGUCACCUUCUACGAAUUCAACAUCGAUCUAAGCCAGUGGAGUCGAAAGGAUGUGGAAGGAUCUCUGUUUGUUGUUAAGAGGAGCGCUCAACCUCGGUUCCAAUUUAUUGUAAUGAACAGGAGAAAUACGGAUAAUUUGGUGGAGAAUCUCUUGGGAGAUUUUGAGUAUGAAGUCCAGAUUCCAUAUCUGUUAUAUCGAAAUUCAGCCCAAGAAGUAAAUGGUAUAUGGUUUUACAAUGCACGCGAAUGUGAAGAGGUUGCAAAUCUCUUUAGCAGGAUACUUAGUGCAUACUCCAAAGUGCCUACAAAGUCAAAGGUGUCUUCAACGAAGAGUGAGUUUGAAGAACUGGAAGCAGUCCCAUCUAUGACGGUAAUGGAUGGCCCACUAGAGCCAUCAUCAUUACCUAACUCCAAUGUCACAGAUGUUCCUGAUGAUCCUUCUUUUAUGAACUUCUUCAAUACUGCUACAAAUAUUGGGAAUGCUUCCAAUCCAGCAAUUUCUGGACAGCCUUACCAGUCUUCUCCAACGAAUCAUCAUCCUCCUUCUUGUCCAUCUAGUGUCGUUCCUCCCACUGUAGCAACCCUACUACCUGCUCUAUCAACAUCUAAUCCUUUAAUGCCUCUCCUUGAUAACCCUGAACCCAACAGUACCAGCAACCGGGCUGCCAAUCUGGUGAAGCCAUCAUCAUUUUUUGGUCCUCCUCCGUCCUCUUCUCCUCUGAUGAUUCCACCUGUCCCUUUAUCUAUGCCUACUGCUCCUCCACUUAAUCCUCCUGGGAAUCUACAACGUCCAUAUGGUGCUCCCCUGCUUCAACCUUUUCCACCGCCUACUCCCCCACUCUCUCUUACUCCAGCUUCUGUUCCUAUUACAAACGAAGUACCUAUAAUUAGCAGAGACAAAGUCCGUGAUGCACUUCUGAUACUGGUUCAGGCAUGUCUCUUCUGACCUCCAUUUACUACUAACUCAUUCACUUAGCUUAUCCGUGUUCAUCUACUUGUUUGCCAAGUGUAGGUCACGGUUUUGUUUUUUAACCAGCUAGAAAUUAAUUCCUAUGCACUGUUGUGGAGAUGUCGGCAGAUAUUUUCAUGCAUAAAACUAUUGAGUGCUUCUUUCGGGUGGGGUUUUAGCCACUAACUCUCAUUAUUAGAAUAUGAAUCAUAUUCUUCCAAGUAUAAUCAUUUGGAUGUGAUGAUGGCUCCUCAUUCCCAAGCUAGAUACUAAAACAUAGAGGUAAAUGUUCGAACAUACAGAGUAAUCAUACUUCCCAGUUAAAUAGUAAUUCGUUGUACUCUCUCUCACUCGUCUCCUCCUCCAUCCAAUUAGAUCAAACAUGCAUUUUAGGCUACAAAUGGUUCAGUUGAGUACUACUUAGGGAAAGUAGGUUUUGUAUACCUGUGGCUAUGUGCUCAGCAUUCCCGGACGCAUAUCAAAAGGCAUGUGUACGGGGGAGGGAGAAUAACAAGGGAAACACAUGAAAAUCCCCCAAAAAAAGUUAUUGAAUGGUUGGAAAUUCAGAAAAAAGAAAAGAGACAUAAAUGGGUAGAAGAAGUGUUUAAUUUGGUCGAAAUCCGUACAUAAUUUUCAUUUUUUUUAUUCUUUUUUUAUUUUUUUGCUUUAAAUAUUGACUCAUUUAUAUGGAUUUGCUUAGAACAUAUUGGACAUGAUACAUGAAUAGAAACCGAUUUAUUUUAUGUAACAACAAAGGAGUUGUAACUUUUUUUGUUGCUUAUAUAUAAAUAUAUAACCCGUGAUCCCACUAUACCAAAUAGUAAUUU